CCAGACUACAAGGAGACUAGUCUGUAAAAAGAAGUUUACUGGAACACUUCUGAGGGCACCUUGACCUUUUCUGAGCCCAAUCUAUGCAUCAGCCACCUCAUGGCAGCUUUCAACCUCACCCCCUCUGACUCUUCAAUAUUCACCCUAGUGGGGAUCCCGGGCCUGGAAGCUGCUCACAUCUGGAUGUCCAUCCCAUUCUUUACGUUCUACGUUAUCAGCCUGUUGGGAAAUUUCACAGUUCUAUUUGUUAUAAGCAAAGAGCAGACCCUGCACAAGCCGAUGUACCUGCUGCUCUGCAUGCUGGCGCUCACAGACAUCGGCAUCUCUACCUCUGUAGUGCCUAAGGCACUGUGUAUAUUUUGGUUCAAUUUGAAAGGAAUUACUAUGGAUGGCUGUCUUACGCAGAUGUUCUUCCUUCAAGCGAUUUCUGUUAUGCACUCGGCUGUUCUUGUGACAAUGGCCUUUGAUCGCUACAUUGCUAUAUGUGAUCCUCUGAGAUACGCCACCAUCCUCACCAAUGCACGAAUAGCUAAGCUAGGGCUUGUGGGUUUGACAAGAGCUGUACUCUUCGUUCUGCCCGAACCCCUGUUCUUGAGCAGACUGCGAUUCUGUGCCAACCGCAUUAUCCCCCACACAUACUGCACACACAUGACUGUGGCAAAGAUGUCGUGUGGUGAGGACAUCACAGUCAACAGGACGUACAGCUCAGUGACAGCAUUUGUAUUCAUCGGGUUAGACCUGACGCUCAUUGCCCUGUCCUAUGGUCUGAUCAUCAGGGCCGUCCUCAGAAUCUCCUCCAAGAAAGCACACCUGAAAACCCUCAACACAUGCACAGCCCACAUCUGUGUGAUGCUGAUUUCUUAUACGCCCUCCCUCUUCUCCAUUCUGACACAGCGGUUUGGUCAGGGCAUUGCCCCCCAUGUUCACAUCAUCUUGGCCAACAUCUAUUUCUUCAUCUCCCCCAUGCUCAACCCUAUCAUUUAUGGGGUCAAAACCAAAGAGCUUCGUGACAAAGUGGGCAAAUACGCUCGCAGAACAUGA